AAACAAGUUGGGAAUUGUUGGGGCGGUUUCUUGGAGGCUUGACACUACUUUAUUUCUGGAGUGAUCCUUAAAAAUACAUCUCGAAACAGAGAGCUAUGCAUCUAGAAAUCAUUUUCAACAGGCAAUUUUUCUGCAAAGUAAAGUGUCUUCGAAGAUGACAGAAAGACGAUGUAACUUUGGCUUGUAUUAAAAUUGUGAACUUCUACGAGUACAGUAAACGCUGGGAUUUCCAAAUUCCGUCUACUUCUGGCAGAAUAGUGAUGGAUCAGUUUCGAGCCAGGCUUCUCUCUGUCUCAAAUGGAAUAACAAACGACGAACUGGGUCAGUUAAAGUUUGUUUGUAAACAGCAUAUUCCUGUCGGUGUUUUGGAGAAGAUUGCCCGCCCGCUUGAAUUGUUCGAUGAGCUAGAAAACAGGAACCUAUUGAGUGAAGGAAAUACGGAGCUUUUGGCAGAACUGUUAUCCGAGAUAAAUCGCUUUGAUCUCAAAGAUGAAUUACACGGUGUUAAAGUGAAGAACAAAUCAGGUGAUGCAGUUUUACAUCAUAUGCAAGAAUCCCUAUGGGAUCAUUAUCAAAAAAACAUCGGUUGGAUUCAGCCAAUCUCCUGGAAUGACUCAUUCCAGAUUCACAUAGACCACAUUUACACCAAUUUGGAAAUCAUAUCAUUGGUGUCACAGGGUAGAAGGUGUAUUCAAAAUCCCUUGGAUUCUUACCCCAUGAUGUUUUGUAGUCGCCCUGGAUGUUCUAAACCAAGACGAAUACUGGUGGAAGGUGAAGCAGGUGUAGGAAAGAGCACAUUUCUGUGUAAGAUUGCUCAUGAUUGGUCUAGGUGUGAUGGCAAGGUACUGCCGUUCACAGUUGUAAUUCUCAUCGAGCUGAAGCAAAUAAAGGGAAGUUUCAAGGACGCUAUCAUCCAGCAGUUGUUUCCUUCUGAUUUUCCCAUUCCAGUGUCUCAAUUGCUUAGUUACCUUGCUUCCCAUCAGAGAGAAGUCCUUUUUCUUCUAGAUGGUUUUGAUGAAGCAAACUUGUCAUGCCUGACUCACCUCCAAGACAUUCUGAGUGGAAGAAUUUUUCGAAAUUCCUGUGUUGUUCUCACAUCAAGGCCAGGUAAAACCACACAUAUCCAACGAAUGAUGGACACACGAUUGGUUAUUACAGGAUUCACCACUGAAAACAUUAGAAGCUAUGUGCUAAAAUAUUUUCAAGAUGAUGCUAGUACUGCUGAGCUGUUGUUGUCUGAACUGGAAACACAUCCAGUCAUUGAGGACAUUGCAAAGGUUCCCUUGACAGCCAUGCUGAUAUGUGCUCUGUGGGAGGAUGCCCCAGACACUGCCUUUGAAGCUCUGUCUACACUUACAACUCUUUUUACAGAGCUAAUUUUACUCAUGGUAAAGCGAUACUUUGCCAAGAAUGCUGCAGGUGGUGAGGCUAAAGAUGGGGUGUUCACUGACUUGGAAGAUAUCCCCAAGGAUCUUUAUAAUGACCUGCUAGUUCUAGGAGAGAUUUCUUUGAAUGCUUUACUUGAAGACAAUCUCCUGUUUGAUGUGCAAGCAUUGGAGAAGAAGUUAUCUAACAAAACUGUCUUUGAACUUGGUUUGUUGUCACAGGAGACAAGCACUUCCAGACUGAAGCCAGUGCAGAAGUGCUGCUUUGUUCACAAGUCUUUCCAAGAGUAUAUGGCAGGAUUGUGGCUAAGUCGUGAAAUUAAUUGCACUGCAAAUGAUCCAUUAAGAUUGAAGAAAGUCCUUUCUCUAACCUUGAAAUGUGUUACAAAAGUCUCUGACUCUCUUCUACUAAAUUUUGUUUCUGGGCUUGUUGGGGACAACUUUGAGAUUGUGUUUGUACCCUUGCUUGAAAAUCUCAAAGAAACCAUCAACACUUCUGACUCUUGUGAAGCAAAUGACUUCCUUGAAAUGUUUGUUCUUGCUCUGUUUGAGUCCCACCAGGGCCACCUUGCCAGUAAAUUGGGGGCAACUCUUCUUGAUGGAAUCUUGAAGUUAUCUGGUCGUGAUAUCAGUCCUUAUGGUGUGCGAGCUAUGACAUAUUUCAUGCAAAACAACCCUGACCUCAACUCAUUUGUUCUAGAACACAGUCAGCUAGAAAAGCAGACUGCUGCCUUUUUUGCAAAUUCUCUUUCACAAAUGCCUUCUCUGAGAGAAUUGUGCUUCAAUCAGAACAUUGUAGGGGAUGGUGUGGUAGAAGCCUUCAGCAGGAAUUUGUCCCCCAACCUUCCUUUGGAGAGGUUUGUGUUCAGUGGAAAUGCAUCUAGGCGAGAUAUUGGCGAUGACUUUGCAUUAAUUAUGAAGUCCUGUCCAAACCUGCUUCAUCUUGAUUUGAGCUACAGUGGACUUGGAGAUGAAGACAUGAAAGAUGUCAUUGAUGCCCUGAAGUUUGUCCCUAAUUUGAAAUCUCUGGAUCUGAGUGGCUGUAAGUUAACCCAGAUCAGUGUGGCAUACUUGUCAAAGAAGUUGUCUUGUACUGCCACCCUGACCAGUUUAAGCCUUGAAAACAACAUCGACCUUGGAGCUGAGGGUGUAAAGGCACUGACAGCUGGACUGCCCAAGGUCCCUCAUCUGGAAAAUCUAUCCCUUCAUGAUGUAAAUCGGAAGACAGAUGUUGCUAGUGAGACUUCUAGAAUCAUUUUUACAGUCCUUGGUGAAGCCUUUGCACACUGCCCAAAAUUGACAAAGUUGGAUCUUUCUGCAAACUUGCUACAUCAAGGAAAGUUUGUUGGAGACUGUGUUAGAAAGACCCCAAGGCUUGUCCAUUUAGACUUAUCUGGCAAUGCCUUUCAAGAUGAAGGUGCUGAAAGUUUGGCAAGUGCCCUUCCCUGUGUACCUGGCCUCUCAGAACUGCUUCUAGACAAAAAUCAGAUCACAUGCAAGGGACUUGUGACUCUUAGUGAGGGCUUCAAUUGUACACCUUAUCUAUGCAAACUAUCAUUGAAGUCUAAUUGCAUUUCGGAUGUUGGUGUUGCAGCAUUAGCAACUGUUGCUCCCUACAUUUGCCAAAUGAAAGAACUGUGUCUGGGAUACAACAACAUCACUGAAGCAGGUUUAAAUGCACUUUUUACCUCAUUUAAAUCUUUCUCGUCAUUGAAGUGCCUUGAUUUUAAGGGCAACCUGCUCAGUGAAGAAGGAAUUUCUGAACUUGGCACAAAGUUAUGUGAAUUGCCAAAACUGAGGCAUCUGUACCUUUGGAGUCCUGUGGCACAGCAUCCUUCAGAUCAACCUACAGAAACUGCCAGGUCUUUGGAGUUCAGUCCUGCGACCAAAUUAUUUCCAGGUCUCAAAUACCUGGAAAAAUGGAGACAGUCAGUUACAUUUGCUGAUGACAAAUACCUCAAAUGUUAUGUAGCCCUUAAGGAAGAAACAUUUAAGCUGCUUAUGACAAGUGCACAUUCACAUGCUUCACUGGAGGGAAUUUAUCUCAGUCAGACAGCCAUUCCUAAGGGAACUGAUCCACAGAUUUAUCCCCGUCUUCGUCUGGUUGGACAGUACAGGAAGGAGUUAUGAUUGACAUGCAUCUCUUUAAACACUUAUAUUCACAAAUGUAAAUAAUUUCUUGGAACAGAUUGAAUUAUCUGUCAAAGAGGAAAUUUUGCCAUUUUGGUUCCCCCUUUAAGGGUAAAGCCAGUUUCAACUGUAUGGUCCUUCAACCUAAAGUCUCUUUUAGUAACAAAAUAGUUCAAGAUCUACUGAUUAAUGAAAGGUGUAACUUUCAUAAUUGCUCAGGAAAAAGAAAAAAGAAAAAAUCUUGGUCUCUUUAACUUUCACUGAUAGAAUUUUGUGAGCAAAUUUUUUUAGAAAAGUUUAUUAGCAUGAUCAAAGAAAGGUACUUUAGAUACAACGAGCUUUGAAGAAGCAUCUUUGGAUAACUCUACAACAGAAUUCUACACUUCAAAACUAGGAAUAAUGUAUAUUAAAGAGUGUACAUUGUGACGAAGGAAGAUAAUUUCAUUCUUAAAUUAUUGUAUGCACUUGGAAUGAGCAAACGUAAUUUUAGAUGCACUGUGAUUAAAGUGGAGGUCAGCCUCAUGAU